AUGUUCGAAACCACCGAAGCAAUUAUAGAUCCAACAGCCAGCCACAGCCGACAGCCAGAAAAGCCGUUCGAAAAUGCUCACGAUCAGCCAAUUUCAUACCGAAAUCUCACUUUCGAAACAGAGGCCCCUUUCCCGUCAGAAACAGGAGACGUGGAGUCCUCUAAUUCAACCCGGCUCAUAUCUCCCUACGACUGGUCCCCGGGGUACAAGAUGUUCAUCACUGGGGUAUCAUGCAUCUCGACAUUAUUCGCGUCCUAUGCAGCAAGCUGCUACAGCCCCGGUGUCCAACAAAUGACGAGGGAGUGGCAUGUCAGCGAAGUGCCUGUUCUCGUUGGCAUCACUACCUUCACCAGCGGCUUCGCCGUGGGACCGAUGUUCCUGGCGCCUUUUUCGGAAAUAUACGGUAGAAAGCCGGUCUUUGUGGCGACGGCAAUACUGUUUGCAAUCUGCCAGCUAUGUUGUUCGGUUACCAGGUCGUUCCCAGGAAUGUUAGUGGCGAGGUUUUUCGCAGGGGUAGGCGGAUCGACAUUCUCGACUAUGGUGGGUGGAAUUGUCGCGGACAUUUAUCACGCGCAGGAUCGAAACACGCCCAUGGCACUUUUCUCAUGGGCGGCGCUCUUCGGAACCGGACUAGGCCCACUGGUCAGUGGCUUCAUCGGACAGUAUACAACGUGGCGCUGGAUAUUUUACGUGCAGAUCAUCAUCGCCGGUUUGAUUUGUGGCGCGGUUAUAUUCUUCUUCCGAGAGACACGCGGCUCUGUCGUGUUGCGCAAGAAAGCCAACUUGUUAAACAAACGAUACGAGGAACUCGAAUCUAGGGGACAGUACGGGAUAUUGGUACCCGAGAAUGAGGCCAGCCCUUGUGAGAAGCCACCGAUCGUACUGCGCGUGAGGUGGAAAAUAGCCGCGGACGAAGAACGAGCCGGUCUUCUGACAAUGCUUCAGACAUCGCUUUUCCGUCCAUUCAAAAUGCUGCUGACAGAACCAGUGGUCUUUUUCUUCUCCCUAUGGGCCGCCUUCAGCUGGUCAGUCCUAUACAUCAAUCUCUCCGUUAUACCGCUGGUAUUCCAAUCAACAUACGAUUUCUCGUUGUCUGAGGCAGACGCAAUAUUCACGGCCUCGUGUGUGGGUACCAUCCUCGCUCUCUUCCUAUCCAUCGGCCAAGAACACCUAGCGUGUCGCUGGAAGGGAUGGAAUUCCGUUCCGGAGCAUAGGCUCUACUUCAGCUGCAUCGAAAGCCUGCUGCUUCCCAUUGGACUCUUUCUAUUUGGAUGGACAGCACAUUACAGUGUCCACUGGAUUGUACCUGCUAUAGGAGUUGGAGUCUCCACGAUGGGGAUUUUCGCCAUCUACCUAGCGGUAUUCAAUUACCUGGCAGAUACCUACCAUCGCUAUGCGAGCUCGGCUCUGGCGGCACAAAGCUUCUGCAGAAACAUGAUGGGUGGCGUAUUUCCGUUGGUUUCGAAACAACUGUUCAAUAACUUAAGUUUCGGACCAGCAGCGAGUCUGUUGGGUGGAAUAGGUGCGGCGUUGACUUUAGUACCGUGGGUCUUGGUAUGGUAUGGGCCACAGAUCCGACGCAAAAGCAAACUAGCGAGGGAGGCCUUUUCCUGA